AUGGUAUGGCAUGCUUUUAACCAACAUACUGAUGGGACUAUGUCACAUCCUGUUGAUAGUGAGGCAUGGAAGCACUUCGAUCGCACUUACCCUUUGUUUGCAUCUGACCCUAGGAAUGUUCGUCUUGGAUUAUGCACUGAUGGAUUCAAUCCCUUUGGGCAACGUUCUAAUCCUUACUCUUGUUGGCCAGUAAUAAUUGCAGUGUAUAACUUACCUCCUUGGAUGGCCAUGAAAAAACCUUAUAUGUUCUUGAAUAUGGUGAUUCCGGUUCCUAAAAGCCCUGGCAAGAGUUUGGAUGUGUUCUUGAGGCCUUUGAUUGAUGAGUUGAAAAUGUUAUGGACUGAAGGAGUUUUGACUCAUGAUAUUCAUACUAAGCAGAACUUUCAUAUGAAAGCAGCACUUUUAUGGACAGUAAGCGACUUUCCUGCAUAUGGUAUGUUAUCCGGAUGGAGCACACAUGGAAAAUUGGCUUGUCCGUAUUGCAUGGAAGGUAGUAAAGCUUUUGUUCUUCAACAUGGUGGGAAAGCAUCAUUCUUUGAUUGUCAUCGCCAAUUUCUUCCUCUCAACCAUCCAUACAGAAGACAAAAAGAUAAAUUCAAAAAAGGUGUUAUAGAAAGGAGUCCACCCCCUCCUCAUUUGUCUGGUGAUGUUAUACAAAAUCGGGCAAAUUCACUACCUGAUAUUGUAUUUGGGACAACUAGUGGGAAGCAAACAAUACUUGGAUUUGGUGCACACCACAAUUGGGUCAAGAGGAGUAUAUUUUGGGAGCUUCCAUAUUGGAAUUCAAAUUUAAUUCGGCAUAAUUUAGAUGUGAUGCAUAUAGAGAAGAAUGUGUUUGACAAUGUAUUCUACACAGUUAUGGAUGUGAAUGGGAAAACUAAGGACAACUCCAAAGCAAGAGAGGACUUAAAAUGGCUAAAGGAUUUGAGAUUGCCUGAUGGAUAUGCUUCCAACAUUGCACGGGCUGUAAGUGUGGAGGACUGUAAGGACAUUACUGCAACUAUACUAUUUGUGGACAAUAUUGAGAUAUUAGAAAAAAACAUUAUUGAAACAAUUUGCAAGUUAGAAAAGAUAUUCCCACCGGGUUUCUUUGACUCAAUGGAGCAUUUGCCUAUUCAUAUUGCUUAUGAGGCCAAAGUAGGUGGACCAGUGCAAUAUCGUUGGAUGUAUCCAUUCGAGCGGUUCCUUUUUGACUUAAAGAAAAAAGUUCGAAAUAAAGCUUCGGUUGAGGGUUCAAUUGUCGAGGCAUACAUUAUUGAGGAAAUAUCAACCUUUUGUUCUCAUUACUUUGAGCCACAAAUCCCAACAAGAUUAAAUAAAGUUCCAAGAAAUGAUGAUGGGGGAAACAUUGAACCAAUGGGGCGCAUUUCAAUUUUCACUCAUUCAGGUCGACCUUUUGGUCGAAUACCGCAUAGAAGGAUCAUGUCAAAUGAGGAGUAUUCUGCUGCUCAUAUUUAUGUAUUGUUGAAUUGUCAAGAGAUCGAACCAUUUAUUGAGAUGUUUGAUGACCAUUUACGAGGUAUAAUACCAGAUAUCAAUGACCAACAAUUGGAACAAUUGCGGGAACAAGACUUUGCAAAUUGGUUCAAAGAAUAUGUAGAGAAGAAUGAAGUUGAAGAGCGCAUCUACCAAAUAGCUCAAGGCCCUGGACGUACAGUUCAAUCAUAUAAGGGGUACUUUGUGAAUGGUUUUAAAUUUCAUACACAUGAUUAUGGUAGAGAUCGAAAAACAUUGAAUAGUGGUGUUUGGGUGAAAGGAAGUUGUUACAAUGAAUAUGAAAGUGAUUAUUACGGUUUGUUGAAUGAGGUACUACAGUUGGAGUAUUUUGGAGUAGGAAACAAUAUAAUUCUUUUCAAAUGUGAAUGGUUUGACACUAAUAAAGGGAUAAGAGUUCAUCCUCAGCAUGGGCUUAUAGAAAUUCAUCCCAAAUCAAGGCUUGCCUCUAAUGAUCCAUUUAUUUUAGCCCAUCAAGCUCAGCAAGUGUGUUACACAAAAUAUCCUGCAAUUAAUAAAACAAGGGGUGAUUGGUGUGCAGUAUUCAAAACCAAAGCUAGGAGCACAUUUAACAUUCAUAAGGUGGUUGAUAUAAGUGAUAACGGGUUUACUUCUGAUGAGGUCGCUUACCAAGAAGAUGAUAUCUCUCGACCUUUAGAAAUUUUACCAACUACUGAACUUGAUGAUCCAUGCUUGCUACUUGAUUCAAAUCAUAUAGUAGAGUUAGAUGAAAAUGAAUUGCAACAUUUAGUGCAACCGAGUAGAGAGGAUGAGGAGGAGGAGGAGGAGGACGAAGAGGAAGAUGAAGACGAAGACGAAGACGAAGAGGAAGAUGAAGACGAAGACGAAAAUGAAAACGAUAAAGAUGAUGAUAGUGAUGAUGAUUGA